AUGACGUUUAUUGAUAAGUUUGAUGCUCCUUUCGGAGAGCUUCGAAUUGUGAGCCGUGAUAAUUGCAUUACUAACAUCGAUAUUAAAAAGGCCGAAGUAUCAACAGGAGAUCCACCUCUUUGCGUUCGAGAGUGCAAAUUACAGUUAGAAAAAUAUUUUAAGGGCGAAUUAAAGGAAUUUACGUUUAAAAUAUCUCCAGAAGGAACAGAUUUUCAGAAAAGAGUUUGGUCUGGUCUCCAAGCCAUUCCUUGGGGAAAAACAGAAACAUAUUCUGAGCUUGCUCAAAAUAUUGGAUGCCCUCAAGGAUACAGAGCUGCUGCUAAUGCAUGCGGUAAGAAUCCAAUACUAAUUGUCAUACCAUGCCAUCGCUGUUUAGCAAAAGAUGGACUUGGUGGAUUUUCUUGCGGAAUUGAGAAAAAGAAAUAUCUUUUAGCACUAGAAUCGAGUAACAAAAAAUAA